AUGCAAGAUUUACCACCUAUAGGAGGAUACGAACCAAUUCAAUGGAAAAGAAAUUUACCAACUAGAGGUUAUCGUCCAUCAAUAUAUUUUUGGGGUAUUGUUGGUAUAAUGUCAUUUGGUUUUUAUAGAGUUUAUCAUAUGAAUGAUGAACAAAGAGAAUUAACAAGAGAAAGGAAUUGGGCAAGAUUUCAUUUACAACCUUUACUAACUGCUGAAGAUGAUAGAAAUCUUGUUAGAAGAUAUUUAGCUGAAUUAGAAAGACAAAAUUUGGUUAAAGAAAAUUUGACACCAGAAGCAAGAGAUAAAUUUGAAAAAGAAUUAUAUAAUGAUAAAUCUAAAUUUAGAUUCCCAAGAUAUACAGCAGGUACUAGUCCAAGUGAAUCAUCAUAG